AAAACAAAACAAAGCUUUUUACUUAUUAGUAAAUUGAGAAAAAUUGCUAAAAAUUGAGUAAACCAAUUAUUUUCAAGACCGAUUCUGAAAUAAAAUAUCUAGCUUUUUCAAGAAAGAUCGAAAUGAAUGUUUAUUAAUAUUUCUGAUAUCAGAUAUUAGACUUUAGAACCAAAUAUUUCGGUCAUUUUGUAGGUUAGUGAAAAUGAACGUUAUUUUUUUGCAACAAAAAUGGUUCAAUACUUGACCGCUUUGUCCCAUAUAAUCUUGGCUGGAACAGGACUGUACUGUUUUAAGUCUGUGGAUGAUAUGUUUUGUAAAUUUGCUUAUGGAAUUAUUACUUUCCAUUCUUUGUUGGGGAUUUGGAGAUGGGGUAACCCAUCCUAUGGUCACAAAAUUGACACCCACUACCGCCUUACCUCAAAACUACAAGACUUUCUAGUUCUUCCCGGCAUUGUAACUACAAUAUGGCUGAAAUACAACUACUUCCCAAACCUCGCCUAUUCGCACAACGUUAUUGCAUUGGUGCCACUCUUACUCUAUCUCUAUGAAAAACGAAAUAAUGAACCAUUGGAAGACUUAUUUCUAGGAGGAAACUUGCUUUCCUUAUUAUUGGUGUCCACAAUGAACAGUAACUAUUAUGGCAUAACUGCGUCCUUGUCCUUUGUGUUGAGUUAUUUCGUUAUAAAACGGGAAGUUAUUAAUAUUCUCUCCAUUGAUGUCCCUAUUCAUGAUUUGUUCAAUUAUUCCAUGUGUUUUUUUGUGUUAUUUGCUAGAAACGCUAUACUAGAUCCUGUUGCUUUUGUAUAGAAUAAUAUAAUUAUAUAAAAGAAAUAAUAGGUAAUUUAAGUGCAUACAGGAUGAAAUGUAUUUUUUCAUGUACCUAAUUGUUUUGAAUUUUUGCAAUAAAAAUUAUUGAUGUUAAUAA